UUCGAGAAAUGGGUGACAUGAUGGAAAAGGUCUAUAAAACAUUUGCAAAAAAUCCAAUAACUGCCAAUCUAACCCAUUUUGGAAGAGGUAAAAAAUAUUUAAAUGAAGCGCGUGACCAAAAAAGUCGAAACCUCGCAUCUUCUGCUUUGUCGUAUGAUGAAGCCAUUAAUAACCUCGAAAUAGCUCAUAAGAAUCAUCCUACAUCUAGUGAGAUCAAGGAAAUCCUAACACAGGCACAUGAAGAAUAUGAAGUGAUCUUAAAAGAGCUAUCUAUAUCCGAAAUUAUUGAAAAUAAAUUUUUUAAGAAAAAUCAUUUUCCAGAAAAAAUACAUCUACCUCUAGAUGAAGAUUCUGAACCCAAUGAUACUCGACAAUUGGCUUGCGAGCUACUCCAAAAAGAUGUAUCGUCAAAACAAAAGGAGAGAUUAUACACAUUAGCACGAAAUAUAAUCAAUAGAUUUGCUGAAAUCAAAAUUAUAGAUUCAACAUUGGUGCACGAAGUAAUGGUGUUAUCACAUUUACCAGAUUCAGAGAAAGAACUUUAUAGAAAUUUAAUGGAGACCUUUGUUACUAAAAUUAAAGAAUCAAAUUUAUUACAUCCUCCAUUAUUGGAAGGUUUAUCUCAUAUUAUCCGUCAAGCAAAUCCUAAACACCGAGAGCCUGAUGAUUUGGUUUGCAUUUUAGAGGUAUUAAACAAAAAAUUUAAAAAUCUUCGUGCCCAAGAUAAGAAUCGACAGAUUGAAAUGACUCAAACAUUGGGGCGACUAUUUGAUGUAAUGGCAGAUUGUAAGGUACAAGAUCUUGAGUAUGAAGAAUUAUACAAACCCUUAUAUGAUACUUUUAAAAAAUUACAAAGUGAUAGUAAUCAAGAACUAGUUUAUCAUGCAAAAUAUGCCUGUCAAGCUUUAAUUUGUAUAUCAAAUAAUAAAAGUCCAUGGAAGGAAUUCCUACAAGUCUUUCUAGGAAUAACAAAUUUUGCAGGUGCAUUUAAAAAUAUAGACCCUGGAAA